AUAUGAAAUAUUGAAGUGCGUGUUUUUGUCUAAGCGAUUCUGUAAACAAUUUUAAAGUGAAGUGAAGCGAGUUGAAGUUAAUAUAUUUCGAAUAUGCGCGAUACUGAUGGAGCUUUACUGGUGGAGAUCAAUCCCGCUGUGAAUUGUGCUCACUUGCCCGCACGUGCAACCCGUCUACUCAAUCGUUCUCGCCUGCAACAACAAUGUCCCAUUAGCAACGCCGAUUCCGACAGUUCCAAGUCUGCACACAGUGUACGACGCAGUGUGGCUGCAUCACGUGCUUCCUCUGCUUCGACAGCAUCGAAUGCCUCAUUGCACCGCAACACACAUCUGCAUCAACGGGACUCACACAGCUCCUCGGACGAUCUCAUGCUGUAUGAUAAAUCAUUUCGGAAUGCAAUGAUACAGGAGGUACUGCAAUUUAAAAAGCAAUUGUUGCGUUUGCGUCGUAUACUGCAGGAGGAUGAAGACGGUUUGACGAGGACUGAAACUCUCAACCCAUUCGAAACUGAUAAUGGGCAACUCUUUGCAUCCUGUGGCUUAGACAGCAAACUAUUAGAUGAUAUCGAUUUGGCUAGUUUAACAUCAUCCACAACUGACGACCCCUUACAGGAGUUGGCCGAUCUACGAAGACAGGUUGUUUACCUUCAGGGUCAAGUUGAUGAUCGUGAUCGGACGAUACGUUUGCAAAGAAAUCUCAUUGAAAAAUUAGAGGCUGAAAAAGCGGCAGGUCCAAAUGCUAAAACUGAUAUUACUAAAGAGUGCAUAAAUACAGCAACACAAACUGAACGGACAAGACCACUGGCCAUUGGAACGGAGAAUUUGUCAAGAAGUAAGCCCGAGUACCACAGUUAUACAACGCAUUUUCCAGCUAUUUGCAAUGAUUCGACCACAGUAAUUCAACAUCAACAGCAGUAUCCAGGUAAUAGCAAUGCUUUGAACCAAACACGUCGCCACACUAUCAUUUCCACAACGCUCACAAAUUACAACCAUCAGCAAAUGGGCUGUCAAGCACCGAGACGUGCCUCGAUUGCGUGGGAACAGCAACAACCAGAGGAACAAUCAGCUCAGACACCUAACUUAAUACCCAAAACGUACAAGCCCGUUAGAAUAACACUGAUUGGUGAGCCACUUAAGCAGUGGAAUGGCCUAAACAGCAGCCUCAAUGGUGAAGGCAAAUACAUGAAAAAUAUAAAUGGCUCACAUGCUGAGCUGGAAAAUAAAAAGAAUUUACUGAAUGGCUCUAAAGAAUUUGUGAAUGGUAACAGCACUAAUAACAUCAAUAGUAGUAAGUGCAAUAGCAACAACAACAAAAUCUCAAUUGACAGCCCAUUUAAUGGCACAAGUAGCUGCAAACAGAAUGGCUAUCACAACAGCAGUGCAGUUAUUGCAGGCAAUGGUUUGAAGCAAACAACUCUGCAAAUGGAAAAUAUCGUCAACAAUACGCAGCAACACUAUCAUCAUCAUCAGCAGCAACAGCAGCAGCUGCAACAACAAAAACAACAACAAAUAAAUGGCAAUUUAUAUCCAACAGUUACUAUAGUCUGAUGUAGGCUUUUCUUAUUGUAUUUCUUUUUUACUAUCUUUAACAUUUUGCUUUUUAAACUGUUUAUAUUAUAAAUAAAAUAUUUCCCACUCAUUUGGGGCAACAUUUGUAUUCCUUUUAAGAUACACGCACAUCUAUUUUUCGUAAAUCAAUACACACAUUUUUUAUAAAUUUUUCUUGCUUUAUAGUAAAAUAAUAUAAAAAAGAUCUAGAGUUUAGGCAG